CUGCCCUCACCCGCCAUGGCCGCGCGGCUGCUCCUGCGGGCGGCGCGGCCGCUCCUGCCCCCGGCCGGGCCCGGGCGGGGCGCGCUGGGCACCGCGCUCGGCGCCGCGUUCAGCUCCGGGCCGCCCCCCGAGAAGAAGCGAUGGCUCCGAGCGUACCUGGAGAUGCAGCGGCUGCAGGCGCCGCCGCAGCGGCGGUCCGAGCAGCCCAACUGGGAUUACCACGCCGAGAUCCAGGCCUUCAGCCACCGCCUGCAGGAGAACUUCUCUCUGGACCUUCUCAAGACGGCGUUUAUCAAUUCCUGUUACAUCGAGAGCGAGGAGGCGAGGCGCCGGCAGCUCGGCGUGGACAAGGACACGGUUGCCCUCAGCCUCCAGGAUAACACCAAACUUGCGGAGCAGGGGCUGCGCUUCGCCCGCGCUUACCUGACACAGUGCUUUGAGGGCGCCUACCCACAUUUACCUGCCAAGGGCGUAGAAGCGCUUGUUAAUUUUCUUACCGGUCAGGAACUUGUCUCGUACGUGGCUAAAAACCUGGCUAUCCAAGACCUGACGCUUUGCAGGGACUUUCCAGCCCCACCACAGGUGCUGCAGAGGACGUUCCUCGCGGUGAUAGGAGCCCUGCUGGAAAGCAGCGGGUCAGAGAGGACGGGCAUCUUUGUCCGGGACUUCUUAAUUCCCCAGCUGAUCGGAAAAGACCUGUUUGAGAUCUGGGAAGUUGUAAAUCCUAUGGGCUUACUGGUGGAAGAACUGACCAAGAGGAAUAUCUCUGCUCCAGAACCAAGAAUUACCAGACAGUUGGGAGUCAGCACAGUUCUGCCAGUGUACUUUGUUGGGUUGUACUGUGAUAAGAAGAUUUUAGCUGAAGGCCCUGGGGAGACUCUGCUCGCUGCAGAGGAAGAAGCUGCGCGGGUGGCCCUGCGGAAGCUCUACGGGUACACAGAGAACAGGAGACCUUGGGACUACUCGAAACCCAAACAAGGACUGGCAGCUGAAAAGGCAAUCAGCAGCAACUAGAAUGCUAAAAGACAUUUCUGGUUUCUCGUAAGAAUUAAAGGUUUCCAUGCUGAGUAUAGAUGUAUUUAGAAAAGCAAAAUUCAGUUGGUUUUUCUGGUCUUCAGUGCUUGAAACUUUCAAGUCAAGUACGGUAUUAAAAUGAAUAAAGUCUUUUUGUUUUGCACAAUGUUUAAUAUUUUCUCAUUUUUCUAAACAUAAAAAAAUAGCCUUAAUAUGAACUUUUGCCUUUUGGCUGAGUUUUCAUAUAUAUCACCUUUUUAGUGAUAUUUAAUGAUGUGUGACAAAACCUGUAUAGAAACAGGUUUAAUGAAUGCUUCCUUGGAGAUUGUUUAGAGAGGAUUGUUAAUAAGAGGAGUUGAAUUAACAAUCUUUGGAUUGAAUCUGGACUUAUUUGUCCUUAACCUUGUGAAAACAUCAAAUGUGGUGAUGAUACUGACACUGGUGGUGAUCCAAACUUUUGAGGUCUUACUGCUUGCAUGCAAAUUUUAUUUGCCAUGCACAUUGUUAGAGCACGAAAGGUUUCUAAAAUUUGUAGAAAUGUCUCUAUUGCAAAACUAGAAAUAAGUGAAAAUAAGGAUCAUGAAGGCCUGACCCACAGAUAUUGGGGAACAUGAUUUCGUGAUAGGCUAUAAAAUAAGGUUUUUCUUAUUUUCUCUUUUUUUUCUCUUUUUGGUACUUCUGUUUAGUCCAUGUACUUUAAGUGAUCAUGACAGAAGUACUGGAUUUAGUGAAAUCAGUGUUUUGUUUGUACUAUCUUGUAGCUAUUUUAAUAUAACUCCAAAUAAAUGGAAAGACACUUAGGAAUAACUCAGGUACCUGCAUGAUAUUCCUGUUAAAUGCCAUAGAAACUGAGCAUGUCUACCAGAGGGCUACAGAUAUGUGAGGACUGUGGCUCUUUUUAAAUGAUUUUCUUAAAAAAUGUGGAAGAGUCUAUUACAAGCUGGGACUGAGCCCUGAAAGGAAGAAGCUGGAUGUAGGACAGUGGUUCAGGAAGUGUUUCCUGUUUUAUCCCAUUGUGAGCAGAAGAAGACACCAGGUAAAUGUGCUUUCACUCUUGGGGGUGGAAAAAGGCAGAUGGCAAUUCAUCCAGGUUUGAUGUUGCUGUCCAACACCCAUCACUUGAUGGAAUCAGUGAAGGACACGUGGCAGCCAGAGGUCCCGGCUCAGCCGUGGCUGCUGAGCAGGUCUGUGGCUCCUUCCCUCCCGGCCCUGCCGUGACAGUGAGCGCUGACUCUGCCCGAUGCAAACAGAGUUGUCGGUGUAUCCAAGCAAAAGAAGGGUCUGUCCGUGAUCCAGGAGUGUCUCCAGACUCGCUGUGACCUGCAUCUUACCCCUGAACGAAACGCUGAUGUGGCUGAAGAGCAGCAAAAGCUCCCUGCUGCGUUCUGGGCUGGGGGAUCACUGGUGUGAAAGCUGGAAAACAAAAAAAGAGAGCAGAAGGAUCAGUGGAGCAUAAAAUGUGCGUAAAAUCGCUUUAGUGAAAAAUUCCAGCCAGGUAAUCUAUUACUGCUUACAUAAGCAAAGGCAAUAAGGUCAGUCUGUUCCAGGGGAAUAAUAGCAAAAUUUGAAAAAGAUGGUUAAAUGACUCAUGCUAUUUUUAGUUUCCAGAUGAGGUUAUUUCUCUUUACCUAUUUUAAAAGGACAGUAGUGAAGGUGGGUUUUUUUACAGCCAAAAUUUGAUUUACCUACUCUUUUUUUAUAUACAUAUUUAUGUAUUUUGAGAUAGAGAAAAAAGCAAAUUUCUGGCAGUUUAAUUUAAGAUCUGCUUACUGUGGCUUUAUAGUUUGGAAUAUGGGCCUAAGUCAUAGGAGAAGAGGAUUACUGAAUACUGUGCUGAAAAAAGCUGAGUAAUGCAGGACGAAUCAGUUUACUGUGUGGCACAUGUAUGAAAUGUAUUGAGCUCAAGUGGAAAGACAGUUUGGGGACAUGGAAAGAAAGGACUGGGUUUUUAUAGAGGUGUGAGUGAAAAAUGAGUUUUUAUAACAAAACGUGUCCUAUUUUCAAGCUUCCAAAGGUCAAAAAAACAUUUUAUAUGGUACCUGUGCUUUGACUUCUGGCACUUCAGCAUAUAUUUCAGGAUUUACAGUUGUAGUAGUGGAAUAAUUUACACACUUCAGAUUAACAACAUUUUUCCUUGUUUUUUGAAUCAGUAUCCAUAAACAAUAUCUAAGUGGUGUUAAAAGAUUGUUUAGAUUUACAGAAAUCAGUAUCUACAAAGUCUGGAGGAAAUGGCAGCUCAGAAACAUUGUUCAUGAAAUUCCAUGACAGUUUUGUUGUCUGAAAAGUGCUUUAUGAGCUGUUUGCAUUGGUUCUGACCCAGGUGCUGAGUACAAGUGCAUUUCCAUCUCCCAGUGCUUGUUCCUUUCACAGAGUCACGUUUUAUUUAUCUUUCAGAGAAGGCAACAGAUUGAGCAGCAUGUCAGUAAUGACUGACAGGAAGGAAUCAGGGCAGUUUAUUCUUGCAACCUAUUGAAGAACUCAUUGAUUAUGAAUAUUAUAUUUGUAAAGUCACUUAACAGUAGGAUGCUAAAGUAGUUCUUUAGCAUUUAUGGAAUUUUGGAAUAAGUUAACAUAAUCUCAAGAAUCAACUUUGAUUAUGCUUUCCUGUAUAAUACCUUCUAGCCCUACCUGAUGCAGAUAUGUCUGUUACUGCAUUUGCAUUUCUCCUGCCUUUAACUCAUUCAAACCUUGUCUCCUAAUCAAGAUUUUUAUGUUAAGUGAAAAUUGUUAGUUGUUGCUGUGACUUAAAGACAGGAGAUUAAAACACAAUCAAUUCACUGUUA